CUACAUAUCAUCCACAUCACCAUUCAUCUAUACCUCUAACCAUCUAUCAGAGACACCGCAACACCAUGUACCUCCGCGCUAUCUACGCCGAAUCCCACCUCCCCACCCUCCACCAACUCAUCCGCGAAAACCCCCUAGGCAUCAUCACCACAGCAAUCAAAUCCCCUCUCUACCCGCUCCUCCAAUCCAGCCACAUCCCAUUCAUCCUCGACGUCCCCGACACCCCAGACGGGACAAUCCCCAAUGGCACCCUACGCGGGCACAUGGCCAAGCAAAACCCCCAAGCCAAGGCCCUAAUGGAAGCUCUCGCCGCCCAGCAAGCCACCGGCGAAACCUCUCUCGAACUUGAAGACGAAGUUAUGGUGCUGUUCACCGCAGCACCCCACCACUACGUCACACCGAAGUUCUAUACCGAGACGAAGCCGGCAACGGGCAAGGUCGCGCCGACGUGGAACUAUGCUGCUGCGCAGGCGUACGGCAAGGUGCGGAUAUACUGUGACUCGAAGGCCGAGGAAACGGGUGCCUUUCUGCAGAGGGCUGUGGAGGAUUUAACUGACCAGAGCGAGUCAUCGAUUAUGGGGUAUACGGGGACGGAGGGGCGGCCGGGGCCGUGGAAGGUUUCGGAUGCGCCGGUGUCAUAUGUGGAGAUUUUGAAGAAGAAUAUUAUUGGGAUUGAGAUUCGGAUUGAGCGGUUGGAGGGGAAGUUUAAGAUGAGUCAGGAUAAGAGGGAGGGGGAUCGCGAGGGGAUUGUUGAUGGGUUGGAGAGUUUGGGAAAUGAGGUUGGGAGGGAGGUUGCAAGGAUGGUGAGGGAGCGGGGGGCGCUGAAGGAUGGGCAGAAGUAGAUCCUUGUUAUAUGGAAGGUUUAUGGGUUUUGGUAUAUUUACCCUGUGAAUCCGAUAGACGUCUUCGGAUACGUAGGGAGCCAUGUGUAGCGCAAGCAUAUCACUUCCAAAACAGUUCAAGUAUUUGCAGUAUCUUCCCACAAACAAAGAAGCACAUCCACAACAUGUGCUCUUUUUUAUCGGGCGAGUCCGUAACGCAAUGUUGUCACCCAAGCCACAUGAAGACAG